AUGGCGUCCAAUCUCGCAAAACGGAAGCCCUUCAGCGCCUUGGGUCCUAAUGCCUCCACAGGAGCAUCUCGGAAGCGCGCCAAAACGUACGACGCUCGAACCCUAGCCGUCCAGUCAACUGACGCCGCCCUCUCGAUAACCGGCGAACUCGAUGUCGCUGCAUACGCAGCCGCCCGCGCAUUCGAAAUUCAAGCCCUUGAAAAUGGAAUGCAGCGAUCGAGAGAUGCGCUCACAACGCGAGCUUUCCAGAAAGUGCCCCGCUCCCUACGAAGGCGAACAGCAAGUCACAAUGUGAAACGGGUUCCGCAGAGGCUGAGGGCGAGAGCGAAGCGGGAGAUGAUAGAGGACAAGACGCCCACUGUUACUGCCCGGAGACGCAAACCAACGCAAGUCAUGCGCAUCCGACUGGAGACUGCUAGGCGCCUGCAGAAUCUCAAUGCCAAGUCUAAGGCACGACGUGCGGCGAAAAGGGGCAAGACGGCUCAGGAUACGGCUACGGCGCUGAAAGAGGAGGGAAGUCAUCCGUUCAAUACUGCUCCGAGAAUACCCAAGAUCAAGAAGAAUAAGCUGUCACGGCCGCCCGCGCCAGAGGCUAAAUUUAGCAAACGUCAGCGUUGCAAGACUUGGCUGCCUACUCACAUGUUUCACGCGAAACGUGCUCAUAUGGCAACGACCAAGAAUCCUAUUUGGCGAUUUGCGAUCCCUGUGUCGCCUACGGAAAAGAGUUAUCGGCCUACGCACAGAGCGCGCGGGUCUCGAGGUGCAGUGGCUUGGGAUAUGAGUUACAUGUCUACUGUACAGCUCGAGGGGAAGGAAUCGUGUAUUGAAGCUGUUUUACGGGCGGUUGGUGUCAAUGGUGAUGAGGCAUGGGGUCCCAAGGGAAAGAAGUGGAGAGCCGGUACUCGUUCAUUGAAUGCUUGGACUUAUGAAAAAAACCAUUCGGCGCGACCACUAGCACCUGUCACAAUGAUCUGGUGUGUACAGCCACAAGAUGAGGACGUUGAAAUGGGCAGUGCCGAUCAGAGCCAGCCAGCAAAGAACCCGCAGCGGAAAUUCUGGAUUCGAGUUCAUCCAUCGGCGUUCCUGCAGCUGUGGACAGAUCUGCUCGAGUCCUCAAAGCGACAGAACCCUCCUGUCAUGGUCGAAGACCUGCGAUUUGACAUUGGCAGUAUUGAAAUUACUGGACCGGGGUCUGCAGAGGCUUUACUCGCAGCAUUGCAGCCUGUUCUGAGUUCUGACGGCCAAGUCCCAGGACCUCAGAGUCCAGAGACUACCUGGUCCUCUCUGCUUGGCGUAUCAAACCCGUCUUCGCUUCCUCAAAAUGCUCUUCUGUCCUUUGCUGUUUCCGAUCCAAGACUCCAAUUCCCACCACAAACCAUCCGAGUCCAGGAUAACGAAUCUCACAUGAAUGAUCUGGCCAUGCUACUUGCCAAGUGGUCGCCUGAUCAAACACAAGGCCCUCCUUCUAUCUUCGAGCGCUCCAGUCGCUUAGCUGCUGCUCGCCAGCUUCCCAGCCAGAAAGCUAUCAACCGCCGCCGGAGUCUCGCUGGCCCGGGCGUUCGUCCUGCCCCGCAGCCCAACGACCCGCAGAUUCCAGUUAUGAUUCUCACAAACCGACCACCUUCCCUCUCCAAGCGCAAUACUGCACCCGGUUCAUGGACUGUGCUUUUACCAUGGAAAUGUGUCGUUCCAGUUUGGUACUCCAUUAUGUACUAUCCGCUUUCAAGCGGAGGAAACCCACGUUUCGGUGGCAUAAAGGAACAACAACAGCUAGCCUUUGAGGCAGGCGAGCCAUGGUUCCCUGGUGAUUUCCCUGGAACGCGAGCUGGCUGGGAGUGGGGCCAGAAAGAAGCCCAGAAAGCCCAAAAGGAGUGGGAGCGAAGGCCUAAAGGGCGUCGGUCUGAGUUUGAUAGUCUCGCUCUGGGCGCUGGCCGUCCGAAGGGAGAAAUCGGACGUGGCUGGGCGUGUGAUUGGGAAAGACUUGUUCAAGGACCGCAAGACAUUUCUGAUGGCACUCCUUCCAAAAUAGCUAAAGAUAAAGCCGAUGCUGAUGCUGUUGCUGAUGUUGAUGCCGACACUUCUACUACCCCUCCUCUCAACAUCCACAACAUCCGAUACCCUCCUAGCAAUACCGACCGCAUCCUCAGCAAUCUCAUGAAAUCGUCUCCUGGCGCUGGUGCACUUGCCCCAGUCGGUGUCACACUUUGCAGUCGUGGUACACCCGUCCCCUGUGCCCGUAUCUAUCGCCUCCCUACCGAUCCUACUCUGCGUGAGAAAUGGCUCGAUCUCGCUUCGACCAAUAAGAAUUCCGAGCAGAAGCGCAAGGUCCGAACAUCUUCGGAAUUGUCAGAUGAGGAAGCCCGUCGUCAGCUUGCCGAAGCACUGCUCUCGUCUUCUGCACCGGAAGUCACUUCGGACUAUUUAGAGGUUCCCACUGAGGAGGACCUGAUCGGUUUUGUUAUCUCCGGAAACUACAAUCUUUCUGAGGGCAAGGGCACUGGCAUUGGGUCCAUUCUCCUUUCCAAGGUCUUGGUAUCCGAUGUUAAGCAACAUGAGAGGAAGAUGUGUAUUGUUCGUGCGGCUGGGGAGAAGAUAGGACGAUUGGGAGUGUGGGAGCUUGUCUAA